UUUGCAGCGACAGGAGGUACUCACUGAGAAACCUCAAAGAAAACUAUUGACACUGUGCGUUUGAGAUGUAUCGAUCCGUGGUGAAGCGCUUCCUUGUCAUCCCAGCACAUCGACGCUUUGCAGUUUCUCCUAUCACCACCAAAUCUUCUUGUUUCUCCACCGACUCCAAUGCUCAACCCUUGAGACACACAGACCCUAUUCAUUCCCCAAAACAAACAGAAACCGUAAAUUCUGCAUCUGCAACAACAGCAGCUGCUGGGUUCAGUAAUGAAGAAGCACAUUCUGCAUCUGCAACAACAGGAGCAGCUGCAUCUAUAAAUGAACAAUCUCAGGAGAGACAGAGCUCUAGAGGAGUGCGACAACCGAGAAUUGAGUACCAAGAGGAGCAAGCACGUGUCCUUCAGGCAGCUCUUCGUCAUGUGGUCAGUUUGGGAUGGACUGAAGCAGCCAUGAUUACAGGGGCAAGGGAGGUUGGAGUCUCUCCUGCUAUUGUUGGAUCAUUCCCCAGGAAAGAAGCUGUACUUGUAGAGUUUUUCAUGGAUGAAUGCCUACAAAGACUUAUUGAUAUAAUUGACUCGGGAGAGGAAUUGAGAAACUUGAUACCCAGCGAAUGUGUCUCAAAGCUUAUUUGGAUUCGCCUAGAAAUGCAAGCUCCCCACAUAUCAAAAUGGCCUCAGGCACUUAGCAUCCAGGCACAACCAAUGAAUAUUCCAACCAGUUUUAAGCAGCGAGCAAUGCUGGUUGAUGAAAUCUUGCAUGCCACUGGUGAUCAGGCCUCUGAUAUUGACUGGUAUUUGAAGCGUACGGUCAUUGGAGGAAUAUAUUCAACGUCUGAGGUGUACAUGCUGACUGAUAACUCACCAGAUUUUCAGGACACAUGGCAUUUCAUGGAUGGUCGAGUCAAAGAUGCUUUCGACAUUGGGAAGGCUAUCCAAGAGGCAAAGUAUUUGGCGGAAACUGUUGGUGCAGGAAUGGGGAACCCAUUACAGGAUAUAAUGAAGAGAGUUUUACAGCGAUAGAUAUCACCGGGCAGGUCCAAUCAAUAACUCUUCUCCAGCACUGAUACUCAACUGAUGGUGUUGGCUUUCUAAAAGAUAAAAGCAAGAAUUAUAUUCUAUCUAGGUCUAAAUGUAUCUGCAUGAUCCAAAUUCAAAUAAAAAUCUGUUAAAUCUUAUAUCUCA